ACCGCCAAGUAGGUGGGUGCAAUACAUAUAGCCUUUUUUGGCCAUCCGGACUGCGUGUACCAUCUUGGGCCGGCAGAUCAGCAGAGGUGCCAUUUUGUGAAGCCCGACCCUCAUUAUUUGCGUCUGAUGAGUCUUUCGCGAGUAUGACGAUGACGACCAUAAAUUAAAACGCUCGCUAGUAAGACCUCUUCUCCUCCCAAGAUACUGGACCACCACCACCUCGCCAUCCUGCCAUGCCGCCCCCGCCCGGCUCCUCUGGCAAACGCAGAGACCAAGGGGACCCGCCCGCUGUCCAGCCAUACUCCAAAACCGUCGCCAAAGAAGUCCGGCGAAGCCGAGGAGAGAUCGCAUGCGCGGAGUGCAGGCGACUCAAGGUUCGCUGCAACCGCCAGAUACCUUGCUCGACGUGCAUCAGUCGUGGCUGCGUUGCACUCUGUCCGAAUGGGGUGCUGCCACCAGGGGAUAACAGCCGAUUCGUUUCAGCGGCCAAGGACCACCUCCGGAAGAAGAUAGGAAAUCUACAGGAGCGCAUGUGUGCGCUUGAGGAUGCCCUUGCUAUCGCCCAGGCCAACGAAGGCAAUGAACCCCACCCUCUGUUGAAACGGCCUUUUAAGUUCGACGACGAAAGGGAGCCACCUGCCGAUACUGACGAAGGUGAAGAAGAGGAAGGGGAAAGCCAAACAAUGCCAGCAGAGGCGUUGGCUGACUCUUUCGGGACCCUUCACAUCGACCAAAGGGAAAAGACUCUUCGAUUUUAUGGGCCAGCUGGAGGAGUGGAGAGCCUGUUGGAUGUAUGUGCAAAUUUCUCGGCAUUUAUUGAAGUCUCUGAUUCGUGGUCGCCCAAGGACGAACAAUCAUCGAGCCUGUCGUUCGACCCGGACGAGAACAACGUCGACCUACGUGUACUUGGUCUUCCGGCCGAACUCAACGCCUUCUACUACGCCUUCCCGCUCGUCCCGACAGGCAUUCCAACAGCACCCAUCCGGACCAUCAUCGAGUCCUACCUGCCUCCCUGGGACCGCGCUGUACAGCUCUGUCGCAUCCUACUCGAGCACAUGUCAUGGAUGUUCCAGAUAGUUACCUUCCAACAGUUUACGCAAGACCUCAUGCCCACCGUCUAUACCGCAGACGGGCCGGACUCAACGCCCGGACCAUCAACAUGUGGCUCGCACGACUUGGCCCUUUUCUUCGGCGUUCUCACCAUAGGCGCGUUGAUCGACUUGUCUCUGCCUCCAUACAAUAGUCAGGCGCAACUAUACUAUGUCCUGUGCCGUUGUGCACUGGCACUGGAGUCUCCGAUGGCCAGGGCUUCACUAUCAACUGUCAAGGCGUACCACUUCAUCAGCCUCUACAAUGGCAUGAGCGGCAGAGAAAGCAACAUGUCGAAUACCUACACCAUCUUAAACUUUAGCAGCCGUAUCGCGAUGAAGAUCGGCCUCCACAUCGACCCUGACCAUUGGAAGCUGUCUCCCAAGGAAGCUUACGCCCGUCGCACAUAUUUCUGGAACCUCCUGCAAGGAGACAUAUGGCAGAGUAUGGGUACGGGGAGACCUCCUGCAUUGGCAAACGCAUACGGACACUGCCGGAUACCCACAGUGCUGGAGGAACAACAAUAUCAGCGCGGAGAGUACUCUGCCCUCGGUUUUGGCGUAUGGGGCUUCCAAGCAAGCGAGCAGCUGCUCAUCCCCGUGAUGAAGCUCGUCAUGUCGGUUAAGUCUCCGUCAUACGGAGACGUCUUAGAACUCGACAAGAAGAUACGCUUGUACGGACUUUUUGACACGACGGACACCAUGAACUCACCCGGCGUGGCGGCAUCGAUGGGUUGCUGGGUCCGCUCGCACUAUAUGGAAGUCAUUCUUCUGGCAUUACAUCGCGCCUUCUUCGCUCAGGCGAUAGCCAUGAACUCCCAGAAUCCUCUUGACACCCCCUACGGCAAAUCGUUCAUCACAGCCUACAAUUGCGCUUGGCGGGUUAUCGAAACUACCAGUUAUGCCUUUAAACGCCACCACCAGCUCAUGUCGCGGGUUUGGAUGAUUUGGUCAUUCAAUUUCGUCUCUGCCGUUAUCAUCGGCGCGGUUGCAUCGCGAUAUAAGAACCUGCCGAUAGAGCCACCGCCACUCCCAGCACUGCACCAGGCGUGCAUUCUUUUCGAAGGGGCCUCGAAGACGAACAGCCGAGCGGCAAAGGCCUUGCCUGUGCUCCUGAAAUUGCGCGAGCGCGCCGGCCGUCUACACGGCCCCGCAGCCAAGGCAGAAAACGCGCCAGGCGGAGAGGAGCUUGCGAUCCUUACCGGCCAGCCGCGACUGACCGUCGCGUCCUCCGCACACCCUGAUCCCACGAUUAGCGGGCCCGCUCCCACCUAUCCACCGGCGCAGCCAUCCAUCCGUGGCGGGUGGGACUACAGCGUUCCCUCGACGGGCUCACGCUACACACAACCGGGCACCAGUCACCACCGUUCUGCAAUACCGGAGUCGCCUGCUACCGGCCAGCAUUUUAAUCAGUACGCUGCGGCGAUACCGCAGGAAGCCUGGGGGCCUCCCCAGGGCCAGUCAUACCCAUACCAAAGUCAGGCUGUGGACUUCAACCUAGGCGACGCGUGGACGACGUUCAUGCGCUCCGUCGGCGUCUAACGACGCCUAGCAGCAUAUGCAUACUAUUGAUCCCUCUUCUUGCUUUCGAUGCUCUCUGUACUAUCUCCACCCGGCUUUCCUAGCAUUGUCCACAUCUCUACGCAACGACACACUGGUACUAUUAGACACGAGGCUAUUUGUCACAGCACACUGGCCGUUUCAGCUGUAUUUAGUUUGGCAUUUCUGUUGGCUAGUAGCUAUGCAACGGCACAUGUCGCAAAUGACCCUGGAGCUCGGGGAAAAA